AGCUUGUCAAUGUAACGGUCACAGCACAUGUAGUCCCGACCAACCAGAUGUUUGCACUGAAUGCACGGGUGGUACGAGUGGCUCCAAGUGCAGUUUGUGUGAUGGGCUCUAUUAUGGUGACCCCUCCAAUGGCAGAAACUGCACAGCUUGUGAAUGUAAUGGACAUGCUGAAGAAUGUGAGUCAGAUGGUGAAUGUGUGUGUAAUGUUAAAGGCGUAGUUGGUUCUAACUGUGAAAGGUGUGGUUCUAUUAGUGGCUACCAAGGAGAUGCACAAAAUGAUACUUGCUUUUUUGAAAUGAAAGUGUUGGUGGAAUAUUCGUUCCCCAUCUCGUACGAAGACUCAAAGUUCAACUUAGUGUGUUGUCCAACCUUGAGCUAUGACAUUACUGUGAACGUUGAAACCAUAUAUGGUCAACCAAUUAAUAUUACCAUGACAACCAACACAACAACCUCCUAUGAAAACGAAACAAUAGUUGCCUCGUUCUCCAAUGUAAGCUCAGCUUCAGUGAGGUUUCCACAGAAAGAAUUUCACUUUGGCAACCACAAUGAUCUAAGAUGCGUGAGAAUAUAUUUAUCUGACAUACAGCAUCUACAAAAUAUGCCAGAUGCAGCUCUCUUAUUAAAAGCGUCAGUAAUACAAAAUAGCACGAGUAUUGGUCUACUUAUUGCCAUCUUUCUAUUAUGUUUUACCUCACUUGUGUUGAUCACUUCUAUUAUAUAUAAAGCUAACAAGAUAAUUAUGUCAAGAAGAAGAAGAAGGGCACAUGAAGUGAAUCUUGAAGCUCUUGCCGCCAGACCAUUCAGCUGCAUUUACUUCAGUGUUGAUCAACUUGAUAAUAGCUCAUCUCAUGAGUUGGAUGUUAUUUGUGAAGAACCUUGCUCUGAUGGUGAAGCUUCAGUUUUUACCACUGUCUUGUUUCUACCAAGUGAAACAAACAAUCCGUCUGAAGAGUCCUCGCAUUACUUUGCGUUUGGAAGCUGCAUUGGAACAACAACAACAACAACAGGCAGUGUAGUAUUUCCACAAUCAACUAAACACAAAGAAUCAAAAUUCAACUCCUUCGUCAACUCAGCCCGAUCAGUAGUAACCAUCACCCGGUCACCCAGAGAUAGAUCAGGAUUCGACAACCCAGUUUUGCAACUGGAACUGGCUGAUUAAAAUCGGUCAUAUUGUUUUACGAAAUUAUAAAAAUAUUGAAUCUUUCAUAUUGUUUUCAUAUUUGUAUUACGAAAUUUU